UAACUAUUAGUAAUAUAAUUAUUCACCUAAAUGAACUUCCCAGAUUGAAAAUAUAAAUGUAAGAAUGCAACAGACAUUCUUUAGUGUCGGCUCGAAAUUAUAAAGGGUGGCUGGUGCCAUGGCAGGGGUAUUAGAUACGGACACCCUAAGUACAGCUCAAAGAUGGAGAAAACUCAGACAAAAUUACAAAAAGUGUGCCAAGCAGUUGAUGGCGGAUGUAGUAGGAAAACUGAUCAACUAUGAGCCUUGGUCAGAUGAAAAGAAUAAUAAUAUCGACUUUGUGCUUGUCUACAAACCCGUGGAGAAGAAAAGAAACUCCCAGUGGACAGCAGCUAAAGUGGAUCGUGAUCCCAGACUAAUAGAUAAGGAGGACUAUGAGAGGUCGAAACAAGGAGACGAACAAGCCGACAUGAGAAUUGAGUACAUAAAGCUUCUCCGGGAAAAUGGCCUUGAAAUAGAAAUUGAGAAUUUUUGUUCCAAGUUUGAGGAGUAUAGAGCGAUCAAAAUAUGUGGAACCAAUUUUACUAUGGACUUUUGGGCAGAAAAGUUCCUGCUCAUGAAACCAGUCGAGCCACCCUUAGGAUCUGUUCUGCUCCUGAAACACGAGAUGACGGUGGACAAGAUGAUAGCCAUGUACAAUGAGAGUCUCUACAAACUACCACCACCACCAGAACAUGAUGAUAUAGAGGGUUCUAAUAGGACAUUAUUCCUUCCAUCUAGGUAUGUUACUCCGACCUUGAAAUCAGUAAAGGAUUUUAUACACAAGUUCAAGCCAGAAUCUCAUGAUGCGGAGGAGAACUUUGAAUCAAAAUUAAAAGCGCAGUUGGAGAACGUCAAGAAAGAAGCCUUCUACAAAAAGUCAGAUGCGUUCAUACAGCUUAUCUCUCAAAACGAAUGGCACAGCAAGCUAUGGAUUACCAAAAUAGAGAACUUCAUCUUUGAUGCCUUAUAUGGGCACGAUCCCAGGCUUAAGUUAACUAAAGACAAUCCACUGACCAGAGCCAUUCGAGCGCCGUUCAAGGUAUCCAAAGGAAAACAGUUUCUCGGUCACGACGAUCCUACUAAAUUUUACACCGCUUCAGAGCGAGCGUUAAUGGUAUUCAGGAUUCUCGAAAACCCAGAGACAGAUGACGAAAAACAAAAGAAAUGUCGAAAGUUAACUGAAAGCCCAGAAUUAGAUGACAAUAAAGCAGAAAAAGAUUAUAAGCUGAGCGAUAUGUACCAAAAGGGGUGUUUUGAAACAGCAUAUCCGCUACAUACUGGAGGGUAUAAGAUUAGAUGUGAUGUCUCUGAAAAAAAACAAAAGUGGAGUGAGAUCAACAUCGAAAAACAGAUAGACAUGAAUCCCAGACAGUUACUGCGGUACUUUUGGAGCUCGUCCAAGAUGAAUUUGAAGUACCAACCCCUCAACAUCGUGAGAAACUACUUUGGUUCUGGUACUGCCAUGUAUUUCGCUUAUAUCGGAUUCUACAACAUGUCCCUGGUGAUACCUGCUAUAGCAGGAACUGCUGUUUUCAUAUACGGUCUGCUGCAGAUGACUUGGACUGACACAGCACGGCAUAUUUGUGAAAGCGAGGAAAAAUAUUUGAUGUGUGCGGACUGCUAUAUAGAUGGAACCUGCAACGCUACUUAUUUGUCAGACUAUUGCUUCACUACCAGUAUAACGAGCGUGGCUAACAACGGUGCAGUUAUAGUUUUUUCUAUAAUCAUGAUGAUCUGGUUAGCGAUGUUCUUGACGUUUUGGAAGCGGCAGCAGAGUAGUAUAGCGCAUAGUUGGGGUACAACUAAUAGUGGAAGCGCUUCGGCAGAAGUGAGGGUGAAGUACAAACUGACCGAUACAAACGUGUUGCGAUACAACCAAAUUACGAAGAAAAGAGAGCAGCACAUAACCUUUCUCCAUAGACUUCCCAAAUACAUCCAAGCCUUCACUUUCGUCGCUAUAUUUCUGGCAAUAGCUACACUGACGACCCUCACAAUAACUGUCUACAACUACUCGCUGAGCGUUUCGAUACAAAGGGCCAAGGAUUACAACCCUUUUACCAGAAAAUAUGCUAAUGAGAUUGCUAUUUGUGUGACAGGAAGUCUCAGCGCUACGCUUAUCAUCUGCCUAUCAUACGUGUACAGGAUAAUAGCGAACAAGUUAACGGACAGGGAGAACCACAGAACACAGCGUGAUCACGACAAUCAUCUUUCUUUUAAAAUUUACCUGUUUGAGUUUGUCAACUACUACAGCACUCUGUUCUAUAUUGCCUUCAUCAAGGGAAAUGUAACGUCGCCAGCAGACCCGAGGUAUUUAUAUGGCAAUUCAAUGAAGAUAGAGGGCUGCGCUCCUGGGGGCUGUAUGAGCGAGGUAUCAAUACAGAUGAUAAUGAUCAUGUCAGUGCAACGAAUUGUUCCGAUACUGAAGGAUAUAAUCAGAACCCUGAAUAUAAACAGGAUUAAGGAGGAAAUGAAGUUUAAGUUACUUUCUCCUUUUGUUGACUGCUGUAAAUUCACUCAAAGGUGGAAAGACAUGGCCGAACAAAUUCUUAAAGACUUGAACAAAAACAGAUCUCAAUAUGUUCAAGAUUUCGAACUUGCUGAACCUACAGAGAUGUACCAGGAGUAUAUCAAUAACAUCAUUCAGCUUGGUUUCCUAACUAUGUUCGUUACUGCUUUCCCGCUAGCUCCCCUCAUUUGUCUCUUUAUUAACAUAUGGCAGCGACACAAGGACGCUACGAGAUAUGUCAAGAGAGUUCGUAGACCCAUCGGAUUUAAAACUGAGGGUAUAGGAGCGUGGAUGAACAUUCUAGAAGUUCUGUCCCGAAUAGCCAUCCUUGUGAACGCUAUUUUGAUAGCAUUUACUUUUGAUUGGUUACCAUUAAUGAUAUAUAAGCGUAACUACGAGACCGAAGGGAGCAGCUACGUGGAUUUCAUGUUGGCUAGCCAUGACUUCGUCCGUGAAGAAUCUGAUGGAUCUCAAACAAAUCAAACGUGCAGAUAUUGGUCCUACAUCCAACCGGCCAGGGCAGAUCAGUCCAGGUUUUGGUUGGAGCUAGUGUUAGCGAGAAUGCUCUUCAUAUUCCUGUUCCAAAUCAUUGUGUGGGGCGCAGUGAAGAUUAUUGAACUACUUUGUGGUAGUACUCCUAAAUUUGUGAAGGAAAGAAUGGUGCUAGAAGAAGAGAUUGCACAAGAGUGGCUUGACAUUGACUCUAAAGAGGACAUUGCGGAGGAGAUACCAAUUUCUCAGAGUCCGACUUGCUCAUCUAAUUCUAAACGGUACUCACCGACGGACGAAGUAAAAGAAGAAGAAUCCAAAGUCCCUUUACUUCAGGAGAACACAAAGCCUUAAAUCUAGUAGAUCUAGUAUCUACUUUUACUCGAAUGCUUUAUAUUCCAUUUUUAAUCUAAAUUGUUUUAACCGUGUAUGGCAGAUUACCUAGUCAAUUAAUUAUAUAAUUAUUAUAUAUAU